AUGGUCGAUGAAGCGAUAAAUUUCAAAAUUUGCAACUUAGUUAAGCAGAAAAAAGAACAAGCAAAAGACACUCGCCAACCCGUCUUUGGACCAAACAAAGCACACAAGGAGAAGGUUUAUGCUAAAAUUCAUCAAGCCUAUCAGCCAGUUCUACACCAAGAAGAAUACUUCUUGGGCAAAGAAAGAAAAUCGGACGUGUACUUUGCCAUGCUUAAGCCGAAUGACAAGGGGGAGAAAAAUUCAGUCGUUAAAAAGGAUGAUGCUGUAGGUAGAAGUGGGGGUGUUGCUGGAAGUGGGGGUGCUGUUGGAAGUGGAGGUGCUGCUGGAAUUGGAGCUGCUGCUGGAAGUGGCGGGGUUGUUCCCAAAGUGAAAGAGGCACCCUUCGAGGAGGGAGAACCCCUCGAGGAGAACGGUGCCCAGGAAAGCGACGGUCAACCGGAGGAUGUCCAAAAUGAUGGACUCCAAAAUUGUGACAUGCAAAGAUGCAGCUCUGCAAACUGCCCCCCACACAGCUGCAAUGAACCGUGCCGGAGCGCGCAAAGCCCCAUCACGGAGAAACAACCCAGCGCAGAAAAAGGAAAAAAAAACAAAAAGGGAACCAACGUAAAUUAUAUAGUGCACUACAACAGGUAUAAACCCACCAGGGUACCUCCCACAUUUAGCAAAAACAAAAGUAACCCCCCAGUGGUAAAAAAAAAUAAAAAUCAAUAUAUUAAUUGCAAUUUUAGAUACUAUGUGAAGGAAAAAAAUUACUUAACACAAAGCGCAGAUGAGAAUAUAAAAUGGGAGCAGAUCGAAAAAGUGGACUACAUGGUAUUUGAUAACACUACGUUAGCAUGUCCAAUAUGUUUGGAGGACAAAAUAAUUUCGCCAAGAAUUACCAAAUGUAGACACAUAUUUUGUUUUUUCUGCAUUUUAAAAUAUUUCAUCGAUGAAAAAGAAAAAAUAUGGAAAAAGUGCCCCAUCUGUUUUGAAAUAAUAAACGAAAAUGACCUAAGAGCAGUCAAAUUUCAUUACGUAAAAAAGUACAACAUCAAUGACAGUAUCAAUAUGUGUCUGCUCUACACAGAGGAUAAAAAAAUCCACUUAAAAUCGGACAGACUGUAUUUCAAUAACACCUUCAAAGUAACAAAUAAAAAUUUUGUCAAACAUAAUAAAACAGGGGAUUAUAAAUAUAUAGUCAAUAUAGAUUAUAUGAAUAAAAAUUUAACUACCUUUAGUCGAAAUCACACAAAUAAGAUUUCCAAAUUAAACCUCAAUUUGGGCAUUCAGUUUUCCAAACUUUUUUACUUAUACAAUCCACUGUCCAUGUGGAUAAAAGACCUCAGCAUUUUUAACUUCAUUUUGACGAAUAAGAAAAUGCACAUGAUCGCGUCAGACGCGAAUGUCAUCCAGAAGGCCAUAGCAAAUAUUAAGUUAAAAAUCAGCGAGUAUUUAAACAUCCCUAUUGAAAGGAUGAACCCAGAACUCAAUAUGGACGAGGGGUCCUUCGACUCCUUUUACCUUUAUGACAAUUUGGCCCACGACGUUUACGACAGCAUUGAGCAAAUAAAAAAUGAGAUGAAGAUCGAAACGGAACUGGCGAAGAACCAGAAAUUGCCCUCGGAGGAGAAAUGUCCACUCGAUUCAGACAAGCCCACCGAGGAGGGUUCCCCGGACUUGAAGCAUUUAAACCAGACCUACUUCUACCAGUGUAUAGAUGGACAAUGCAUAUUCCUGGACCCCUUCAUUUUGAACUUACUCUUUUUCGAGUGCGACAACUACAUGAACAGGAUGCCCAAGUUUCUCUGCAACAGGCAAAUCACCUACAUUGAAACCUUCGAGCUGGAUGAAAAAAUCAGAAAAAGGCACGCCAUUUUGUCCCACCUGCCUCUUGGCGUUAACGUCCUGUUCGUUUCGUUCAACAUAGGUUAAAUGAAGGAGGAAAAAUAUUUUAAACUACUAGCCGACGAAGAAAUAGACAGGAAGGAGAAGCGCUACUGGAAUUUACCCAACAACACAAUAAACAUACAGAACGACACCAUCAACAUAAGUUCCAGCAUGUUAAGGUAUCCAAACUUGUUGGACGAAGAAAAAUAUUUUCACGGGGAACUGGACGGCGACUCGGUGGUCAAACAAAACGAACAUGUGUUUGUAGAGGAGCUUUUCGCGAAUGUAAAUUGGGAUGACCAACGGGAGGAAACUAGCACAGGGGGGGGGACAAAAAAUGAACUAAAAAGGGGACCAAAUGGACUGAAGAGGGGACCAAAUGGGCAAAAGAGGGGACCAAAUGGGCCAAAAGGGGGACCAAAAUGUGGGCCAAAAAAUUCCCCCCCCGUAAACUGGGACAACACCGAAUUGGUCAACGCAGCCGAUCCAAACGUCUGUCACAUUCCGAAGAGAAGUUUUCUUGAAAUAGCGAAACAGAAAAGCGACGCGGGUGACAUUAAAUCAGAAAUGGAGAAAAAGAAGGAAGAAAAAUUGUCCAUUGGUUCCGGCUCGGUUCACGUCAAUUUGAUUGAUUUAAUAAACACCAAAACAGCUAAAAAGAAGAAGAGAAAAUAG